GAGGGAAGCGUCAGCUUUUAGUGCAAUUGGAUUUCACAACCAAUUAAACUUCUCUCUCGCUAUAACGGCCACACCACAUUUUGCCAUAACACAAUGCAACGGGCACCUUCUGUGGCAGCAGCGAGCUGAUGUUUGCUCAAGAUUCUUCAAACUGCAAACGAAGGAGGACCCCCCUCCCACUGGAAAUAUCAAAUCAAAUUAUCUGAGCUUUUCUGAAUGCCUCAAAGGAAGAAAUACCUACCAUGAGUUGUAAUUUGUGAUUGUGCUGGACAGCAUUUUAACAUCUCUUGAAAUAUGCAAACAGUUAAGAAAGAGCCACCUUCUAGUGGGGCUUAUCCCGAUGAGGACUCUUUGGUCCUCGCAGUGGCCCUGCAAGGGCGAGACAGUGAGCUGAUGGGCCACAAACUAUCCAACGUACCCUUCAAGGCAAAAAGUUCUGCCUGCCGCAGGAAACGGGAGUUCAUCCCCGACGAAAAGAAGGACAACAUCUACUGGGAACGGAGACGGAAGAACAAUGAGGCAGCCAAGCGUUCGCGGGAGAAACGGAGGCUCAAUGACAUGGUUCUAGAAAACAAGCUGAUGGCCUUGGGAGAAGAGAAUGCCACUCUCAAAGCUGAGCUGCUCUCCCUGAAGCUGAAAUUUGGGUUGGUCAGCUCCUCUGCAUAUGCCCAAGAGGUGCAGAAGAUCACCAGCUCAACCACAGCGCUCUACCAAGAUUUCGGUACUACUGGCACUAGUCACAGUGCACUCAACAGAGACCUGGAACCCUCUCACCUGGGCAGCAGCUGCAUAUCGGUCAUUAAGCACCCUCCCCUCAGCGUGCUCUCGGACAUCUCUGAGACCUCGCCCUUAACUGACGAUGGCCCCCUGGCAAGCCUGUGUAGGACCCCUGACAUCAUCAAAGAGGAGCCGGUGGAAAAUGGCAACUACUCCAUGGAAGUCAGGGAGCGGAGCAGUCCUUAUGAACUGUACCGCAACUACAUGGCCAGCCCCUUCCCAGGAAACUGCUUCCAGCCCUCGCCCUUCUCGCAAAUGGCUCGGUCAUCUAGCAAUUCUCCCCGGACUUCAGACGGGGAUGACGGGCCAGUGAGCAAGUCCUCAGAUGGCGAGGAUGAGCAGCGGGUCCCAAAAGGUCCUGUGCCUUCUGCUGCUGAUCCGAAGAGCGUUAUUAUCUCCACAGUCAAGGUGCCAGACGCCAGCUCUUCUGCCCUGCCCCACAAGCUUCGAAUCAAAGCCAGGGCCAUCCAGAUUAAGGUGGAGGCCAUUGAUCCUGACUACGAUUCCUUUGGGAAGCCAUCCUCUCCCGUCGACAUGUCGGCAAAGGGGUGUUAUCCAGCUGGCAAACAUGCCUUGCCAAACUUCCUGCAGUCCUCCCUGAGUCCCUUGUCUCUCCAGGUGACAAAUGUCCAAGAUUGGGCACCCCGGGCUGACCACUGGCAUAAAGAUCAUCCAGAAACACUUCAAAAUGGCUGCAAGAACCGCCUCUGCACUGACUCGCCUGGCCCCGUAACAGACAAACUUACCGCCAAUUUCAAAGACACGGAUGCGGAGUCGAACUUGUAUCUAAAACAGGGCAUUGCUGACCUGUCAGCAGAAGUGGCGUCCCUGAAGCGGUUGAUCACUGCGCAGCAGCAGUCUUCGGCAGGAUCCAUCAAAAGUACUACUGAUUAUGACUCGCCAUCAAAAGGAUGUCACUCGAAAUGAGCCCCUCGUGUUUGCACAAGCGCUGUUUUCCCACUGUUUGUUAUUGCACUGUACGUUCAACAUGGUGUCAAACUCGAAGCGGAUUAUUUAAAUGAAUACUGUGCCGUGCGCUUAUUGUUGUGGUGAGCGUGUGUUCUUGAUUGGCCCCAUCUGUACUCCAGUAAAUGUCAGGCCAUCCUGGAAAAUUCAGUGUAAACUUCUCUUCAUUUUUAUUGUAAAUCAUCAAGUUUUUAUUUUCAUUUACAAUAAAUGUAUGUAAGCACUGAUUUUUUUUUACUGUUUGGCAUGUUAAGAAUGGUUGUUUUUGUUGUUACAUCACUUAAAUGUGAAAGUAAACUGAAAUGGUGUAAAA